AUGGCCGCCCUAUUCUCUGGCCGGGUUCUGAUCCGAAACAACGGCGACCAGGACGAGCUGGACACGGAGGCGGAGCUCAGCAGCAGGCUGGACAACCGGCUGGUGCUGCUGUUCUUCGGCGCAGGGUCCUGCCCGCGCUGCCAGGCCUUCGCGCCCGUCCUCAGGGACUUCUUCACUCGCCUCACGGAUGAGUUCUACGUGCUGCGCGCGGCCCAGCUGGCCCUGGUGUACGUGUCCCAGGACACCACCGGGGAGCAGCAGGACCUGUUCCUCAAGGACAUGCCCAGGAAGUGGCUCUUCCUGCCCUUCGAGGACGACCUGAGGAGGGAACUCGGGCGCCGGUUCUCGGUGGAACGGCUGCCCGCCGUCGUGGUGCUCAAGCCGAGCGGGGAGGUGCUCACGCGCGACGCGGCCGAGGAGAUCCGGCGCCUGGGCCCCGCCUGCUUCGCCAACUGGCAGGAGGCGGCGGAGCUGCUGGACCGCGGCUUCCUGCCGCCCGAGGACCUGGACGACCCCGCGCCCCGCAGCCUCACCGACCCGCUGCGCCGCCGCAAGUACCGCGUGGACCGGGCGGAGCGGGGCGCGCAGGGCCCGGCCGCGGGGGGCGCCCCCGGGUCCGAGGGCGGCGCCGGGGAGCUGUUCUGA